AUGGAGAACAAAGAUGGUGGGUUUCAGAGUCUUUAUUUCUUCAAGCCUCUCUUGCCUGGUUUCUCGAAGAAACUGGUGUUUCCUACUGCUUUUGUCAAGCAGAUUGUGAAAGCUGAGAUUUUCAAAACAAAAACAGCUACCUUAAUCAGUCCAAAUGGGGGAUCAUGGCAUGUCAAUGUUUAUAUGGAAUAUGACUCAGAGAAUUGCAUGUAUUUUAGUGGAGAUGGCUGGCUAAGAUUCAUACAUGCACAUAAGUUACAGGAAGGAUACUUCCUAGUGUUCUGCUACAAAGGAAAUGCGUUGUUCAAGUUUAGAGUGUAUGACUUGAGUGCAUGUGACAUAACCUCCUAUGCUUCUAUUGAUGUUCACGAUGAUAAUGGUAAUGAAAAUGUGAAAGUCAAUACGAAAAGUAAGAAUAUUAGUAAACAGAAGAAAAUGAAGGAGAAGAUACCAGUGAUCAUGAAGCUAACAUCCUAUCUCUGUUUGAAUGUUCUCAAAGAGGAGGAUGAUGGGGACAAGGGGAGAGAAAUUACUGAAAAGGAGCAGCAGGAAAAGAAGAAAGUAUUAGAAGGCAGACUCAAGAAGAGAAGAGGUUCCUAUAUUCUGAAAGAGGGUUAUGAGAAGGAAAACAAAGAAAGCAUUGAUGAGAAGAAGAUGGUGAAGCGGAAGAAGAAAAUUUCAGAAGUCAAAAUCGAGGAAGAGCAUGAAGAACUCAUCCCUAAAAGGAAGAGGAAGACAUCAGGAGAGAAAACAAGUGAAUCCGAUGAACCCACUAUUAAGAGAUGCAUGAACUCGGGGUACACUGAGAUGAUGAAGAGAAACAAUUCAAGUCCUCCAAGAGGGAUAAACAAAUUUGAGGUCCCCAUAUGGCCUUGCAACCUAGUUCGUCCUUACAUGAAUAUUCCAGUGGAAUUUAGAGCCGCCAAUUGUUUGACAGAGUACAACAGUUUGACUCUGAUGGAUCCUAAGGGACGAUCUUGGCAGGUUCAACUUAGGCACAGAACUAAUAAAUUUAGGACUAGUAUAACUACUGGUUGGAAUAAAUUUGCUGCUGCUAAUGAGUUGAAACUAGGGGAUAAGUGCAUAUUCGAGUUGGGAUCAGAAGAGAACAAUGGCAUAUUGUUGAUGAAAGUUUCAAUAAAGAAGAAAGAAAGCAUUGAUAAGAAGAAGAUGAAGGAGAAGAAGAAAACGUCAGGAGUCAAAUUCGGAGGAGAGCAUGUGGUUCUGAUCCAUGACACUGUUGGUGCCUCACAAGGUGUUAUCGAUCAUUGA